AUGCUCGCCAGAGCAGUCUCUUCACAGCCCUCACGGACCCUCAUACGCUGCCGGGAACGAUGUACUCAACAGUGGCUACCUAGACUGGCCGUACAGCCCGCUUCCGCCGCCAUACAAUCGCUCACCCCAGCCCGGAGAUCCUACGCCACGAAGAAGGUCCUCCGGCGAUCCCCGACCGUCGUGAGGGCCGAAAGGGCCGCCGAGCGCAGCCGCACUCCAGCACUUGCGGCCAACACCCAGGACUCGGACCUCUACGACCCAGCCUCCGUUCCGCCCCUCGACUACUUUGAAAACGCCGCCGUCGUCGUGCCCACCGGGUUCCUAUCGCCCCAGGCAGCCAGAGACCUCAUCCUUCAGUACAUCACAGUCAUGCUGAAAGAGAAAGACAGGAUCCCCUGGAGGGCCAUACUGCAGGAGGCCCUGCACAACGCAGCAUGCCUCCUCCUCUCCUCCCCGCGCCUGCCGGAGCAGUGGAUCCUCGGCCUGCACAUGCUCCACGUCGCCUCGGAGCAGGGCCACCUCCCCUCCACCCUGACCAUCGUCUCCUUCCAGAACCAGGUCCGGCGCGACAGGGAGCCCCCCGAGCGCGCGGCGUGGCUCACGCGCGCCGCCCAGAAGCGCUUCGACGCCUACCUGGCCUCCGCCGAGGGCCAGCGCGACCCGGACGCCCUGACGCUCGCCGGCCUCGCCGCCGCGCGCGAGGGCGACGACGCCCGCGCGGCGAGGUGGCUCCGCCGCGCCGUCGAGCACGGCGCUCACCUCGCACUCCUCCCUGCGG